AUGGGGCUCGCCAAGAACAUCAUCGACUGCGGUACUACAGAAUUUCGCGCUAGUACUGGCUGGCUGGAGAGGUUCAAACGACGGUACAACAUACGGGCCUUCAAGCCGGGUCAGGAGGGCAGCUGGCAACGCACUGUUCCAAGGCCUAUGUUUGGAGAGAGUUCUAAUACAAGAGGUAGGCGGGGAGGACGAUCUGCUUACACCAUGCCCACCAAAGUACGUUCGCAUGAUUCGUCGGAUCAACCUUUCGAUGGUUCAUCUCCACCUUUGCUCAAAUCUGAAGUUGAAAGUUCAGAGGAAAGUAAAUAUCUGGAGUAUAAGAUUGAUGAGCAGUUAUAUGGAGACAAUGAAUGCACCUUUCAGCCUGUAGUAAGGCUUGAAGAAGGACAUUUUGCUUUCAACAUACCCCCUGUUGAGGAAAUUCCUUCAGCCAGCGAGGCUGCUACUUUCCUUUCCAAGGCACUGGUUUGGGCGGCCGCCCAGCAAGACACUACUUCUCAAGAACUGUACGUCAUUAAAGAACUGCAGACUAAGGCAGCAAUGAGAAGCGUUGGAGAAAGUCCACAUUGACAGAGAAAAAAGUGCACUAGCUACUAGACACCAUAUUCAUGGUGUCUGAUCCAAAGACUGUUGCCUUAGUUGUAAACGUAAGUUCCUCUUCUUUCUUGAACUAACUUCUAUAUUUUUAACUGUUUAGACCGUUGCUCUUCGGUGUUUGAAAAGUGGUGUGUAUUUUUUUACAUUUAUUCAGUAUUCAAUGAAACGUUUUAUACAUGCAAUAAGAAUAUUAGAUAAAGAAUGUUCAAGUUUGUAAAUGUUUAAAAAAUCUGAGCAUUAUUUUAAUUGCAUGUGGAUUGUGAAUACUGAUUUCCCGUGUUGAGUGGUCAGACAGUAAGCAUUGUACGAAAUAAAUAUGAUGAACAAAACCAAUAUUUCAGUUUUCAUAAUGACGGGCAACAGUUCGGUUUUGUCCGUUAUUCGACGUAAUAUUUACAACUUUUAAUACACACACACACACACACACACACACACAGGCCGAGAUUUUUUUCCGCUGACAAGGAGCGGUUGCUGUCCCCCCUUGAGCAAGGGGUGUGUACCUCCAUGGUAUGGGGUGUGUGGUGUGUGAAGGUCAUCAGUACUCAGAGAUC